AUGCUUGUAGUAGCCUCCAUAGUUAAUUAACGUACACAUUUUUUGCUUCACCUAGCAUUAAAAAAAUAGUCUCGACAACCGUCCCAACCCAUCUAACUGUACCCGGCACCUGCUUGAUGUCCUCAACCUCAAAGACACAAGUCAGUACAGCGUAUAAACUCGUCCAAGUUCGAGGUAAGAAUGUUGCGACUAACGAUUCUGAUGCUGUGUUGUGCGGAUUUGGCCUGGCCCAACGCAAUACACAAUUGUGAAUGCUGGGACGGAUAUAAGGUCGAAUAUAACAAAAGUGGUUCCCAGUGUGUGGGAGUCAAUUUAUUUCACAUAAUGCCCUGCAAUAUGGCGAAGGCACCGAAAUGUCAAUGUUCCGGGAUAGUAAGCAGCAUCUUGAAAGAUCGAACUGGCACUUGGUGCACGCGAUAUUCGAACGGUGUAGAGCUGACGAGGUGGCCUUGUGAGAAUGCACAAGAAUGGGAAGAGUUUUUCAAGAAAUAUCCUCAUUUCAUUUAAUAUUGUGCGAAGGAGGGGGUGUGCUAUUUUACACAUAAAUAUCCAAUUUACAAUCAACUUUUCUUGAUUUAGAAUUAUAUAUUGUUAAUUUAUAAUACCUAUAUAAAAUUUUAAAUAAAAUUUUAAACAAAAUAUUAAA